AAAUACUAGUAGUUCUUUCUUUCAUUCAUUAUCAUUAUUAUCUUCUGCUAUGUAUACUAGCUGUAAUUAAAUUCUAGGUUGAAGAAGAGAGAGAGAAAAAAAGUUCCAGAUUGGGCGACAAUGGAGUCGGAACCUGGGAUUUCAUCUUCUCGAAGUUCUUCAAAGUUUGCUUGGGUAAAUCUGUCCAGGACCCUGCUAUUAGCAUACCAAAGUGUCGGUAUCGUUUAUGGGGAUUUGAGUACAUCACCACUUUAUGUUUAUACAAGCACGUUCAAGGGAAAGCGGGAAAUGCAUCUCAAUGAGGAAACAAUAUUUGGUGCAUUUUCCUUAAUUUUUUGGACUCUAACACUAAUUCCAUUGCUCAAGUAUGUCUUCUUUGUAUUGAGCGCAGAUGAUAAUGGGGAAGGUGGAACAUUCGCUCUUUACUCCCUGCUUUGCAGACAUGCAAAAUUCAGCUUACUUCCAAAUCAACAAGCUGCAGAUGAGGAGCUGACUACCUAUAAGUAUGGCCACCGGUCACCACUUACUGGCAGCUCUCCACUAAAGAGAUUCCUUGAUAAACACAAGAAGCUGCGCACAGGCUUAUUAGUUUUUGUGUUGAUUGGUGCGGGCAUGGUCAUUGGUGAUGGUGUGUUGACACCUGCUAUUUCAGUUUUAUCAUCAGUUUCAGGGCUUCAAGUUGCUGAAAGGAAAUUGCAUGAGGGUGAACUUAUGUUGAUUGCCUGUGUCAUAUUGGUGGGCCUGUUUGCUCUGCAACAUUGUGGCACCCACAAGGUUGCAUUUUUGUUUGCUCCAAUUGUCUUUAUCUGGCUGUUCUCCAUAUUUGGAAUUGGUCUAUACAACACAAUAUAUUGGAACCCGAAAAUAGUUCGAGCAUUUUCUCCACAUUAUAUUGUCAAGUACUUCCAGGAAACUGGAAAAGAUGGCUGGAUUUCUCUUGGAGGAAUACUUCUCUGCACAACAGGUACAGAAGCUAUGUUUGCAGAUAUUGGUCACUUUACAGCCUUCUCCAUAAAGCUGGUUUUUGCGUGUGUCAUAUAUCCUUGCCUUGUGGUUCAGUAUAUGGGUCAGGCUGCAUUUUUGUCUAAGAACAUCUCCAGUAUUGAACACAGUUUCUAUGACUCUAUCCCUGAUUCCGUAUAUUGGCCUGUGUUCAUCAUUGCGACUCUUGCUGCAAUUGUUGGAAGUCAGGCUGUCAUUACUGCAACAUUCUCCAUUGUCAAACAGUGCAAUGCUCUAGGAUGCUUCCCAAGAGUGAAAGUUGUCCAUACGUCAAAACAUAUAUAUGGUCAGAUAUACAUUCCAGAAAUAAAUUGGAUCCUUAUGAUCCUUACACUUGCAGUAACUAUUGGGUUCCGUGAUACCACACUGAUUGGGAAUGCAUAUGGGUUGGCUUGCAUAUCGGUCAUGCUCAUCACAACUUGCCUUAUGGCACUCGUACUGACCUUUGUGUGGCAAAGAGGUGCUCUUGCUAUUCCGUUUCUUCUGUUCUUCGGUGUUAUCGAGGGUGUGUAUUUGUCUUCAGCAUUUAUCAAGGUACCUCAAGGGGGCUGGGUUCCCAUUAUGUUGUCCCUUGUAAUCGUGCUUGUCAUGUAUGUUUGGCACUAUGGAACACGCAAGAAGUACAACUUUGACCUUCACAACAAGGUUUCACUGAAAUGGAUACUUGGCCUGGGUCCCAGUCUUGGUAUAGUACGUGUGCCUGGCAUCGGUCUGAUCUACUCUGAACUGGCAGUUGGAGUUCCUGCUAUCUUCUCUCACUUUGUGACUAAUCUGCCUGCCUUUCAUAAGGUCUUGGUAUUUGUCUGUGUGAAGUCAGUACCAGUCCCUUAUGUUUCUCCAGAAGAGCGUUUCCUCAUUGGCCGCGUCUGUCCAAGACCAUAUCGCAUGUAUCGUUGUAUAGUUAGGUAUGGAUAUAAAGAUAUUCCUAAAGAUGAUGGGGAGUUUGAGGACUUGCUUAUCAAAAGCAUUGCAGAAUUUAUCCAGAUGGAAGCUGUGGAGCCUCAGUUCUCAGGUUCUGAUAGUUCCUCCAUUGAUGGUAGGAUGGCUGUGAUAAGCACUCGAUCUAUUCAGUCUAAUUCGAGCUUGAUUAUCUCCGAGCAUGAUGAUUUGGAUAUAGACGAAGUUACUCAAAGUAGCAGGUCUCUGACACUUCAGAGUUUAAGAUCUGUGUAUGAGGACGAGAGUGUGCAAAUCAGGAGGCGUCGUGUAAGAUUUCAGCUGCCACAGAGUCCUGCAAUGGAUCAAGAUGUAAAAGAAGAGCUAUUGGACUUGAUUGAGGCAAAGGAGGUUGGGGUUGCAUAUGUUAUGGGUCAUUCCUAUGUUAAGGCUAGAAGGUCCUCCACUUUCUUGAAAAAGCUCAGCAUUGAUAUUGGCUAUUCAUUUCUCAGGAAGAAUUGCCGAGGUCCUUCAGUAGCGCUGAACAUACCUCACAUAAGCCUCAUUGAAGUUGGGAUGAUAUACUAUGUCUAGUUUUUUGUUGAAAUUUUUGCUGUAAGUAUUGCCUUUUUCCUUGAACACAGAUUAGAAAAUGGAAAGGUGGGGUGGGGUGGGGGGGUGGGGGGUGCUGGAAGGAAAAACGGUUCAUUAGUGUAGAUUACCUUAAGUCAGUAUAGGGGUAAGUAAAAGCCCUUCUGCUUUUUUGCUUGUGUACAGAUGAAUAAAUUAUGAUGUUCAUUUGAUAAGUUAUGGAGGUCCGCUUUUAAAUGAUCAAGCAUACACUACUUGAUUUA